AUGUUUGCAACGGACCUUCCACUGGAAAAAGAGCCCGAGACAUUCGGAGCUCGAAGAGAACGAAAGGCGAAGGAGCGAUCCGUCAGGUCCCCAUCUAUCGGUGCCUCCACUACAUCAAGAAGUUCGAGAGGCUCUGCCUCGACUGAGCGUGACGCAUGGUGGCCGACAAGCUUGAAGAAGGCAAACAUCAUCAAGCCUAAGAUCAAACGAUCCCCAUCCAGCUCCAGUCAGUCUUCCCAAAAGACUUUCCGUAAUGUUCCGGCGACAUUGGAUAUGAAAAAGGCCCGUGAAUUCAAGGAUCCGGCGCUGCAACCAAGUUGGACGUAUACUAGCUCACUUUCUGGCACUCUGCCAUCCGGCAACUCUUUACACUUGGACGAAUACCACCAGAUCUCAGAACUCGAAGGUGAUAACUCGUCUCGACAAUCAAGCUCCAUUUCUUCACACGCCUCGAGUAACUCUCCGCAGCCAACAAAGAAAGGAUGCUCAAGACCAGAAGCGUUGGAAUUAUACGACAGCUUCCACAGAAAAAUGAGUUUGAAUGACAUAAGAAUGCCCUCUUUCGACUCGGACAUGUCCAGCAAACCUUUCUCACAAUGGCAAUGUCUUGCUCCUCGCGAGGUACCCACGGAAAUGCAGCCGAACGUACAGCCACAAACAUCUGCCAGCAUACUCUAUUCUCCCAAUAGCAGCUCCAUAAAGCUUACUCGAUUUCAGCGAUUUAUUCGCAGAAUGGAAUCCGCAGGCCCUAAGGUCGUACUCGAUCGACUGAAGGAAGAUUGGCAGGAGGUGACCAGUGACGGGAUUGACGAAGAGUUGAUACUCGAAAAACAGCUCUGGCUGUUGACAGGCCUCCAGAUGCAAAGUGCGAGACAAGACAAUAACACUCCUAUACCAAAGCUCAGCACAGGCAAGAUCUUGGAGCUGUACGGAAAUCUCUCGGAGGUAUACCAGUUAUCAGCAAUGCAUCCAUCCCAAAUGUUUGGUUCGGUUCCACUGCCUUACCCGGAAGACUACUUUUCUCAUAUCCGAGCAUCGACUCUGCCGUCUCUUGUGCCAUCUUCCGAACUACCAGAGUUGUUCAGUGAAUGCUACAAGCUGCUUGCCCCUGGCGGCUUCUUAGAAAUCAGAGUCAUGGAUGCGGCCCCUGUACGCACCACAGCCGGACCACUCAUGCGUGCGUGGAUUGAGGACAAGCUUUCCGUCAAUUUAGAGCGACUUUUCAGAUGUUCCAAACCGUGUGCACUACUCCCCUCAUGGCUAACAGACGCCGGCUUUGAAUUGGACGAUCAACACAAAGACCAGAAAUUGACAUUACCGUGUGUUUCUGAUCCAGGAUCUGCUAAAAUCGAUGACGAGCUUUCCACCAUCAUUGGUCGUGCCUUGUGGAAAGACAUUUGGGGAAGCUUUGUAGAGGACUCUCUUGACGAGCCAAAGUGGUGGUGGGAAAACAAGGGGAUUGUGGAAGAGUGCAUGGAGCGCCAGACCGUCCUUGAGUGCAGGACGAUUUUCGCAUACAAGCGAGAGACAGCUCGGUGA